UUAGGCGGUGAUGAUCACAUACGUGCAAUGCCUCUCCUCGGGGCCGGUGGUCAGCUGCUGGCACAGUGCCUGCUAUGUGGACCCCUCCAGUGAGAAGAGAACUCUGUGCUCCUUUAAGCCCACCAACAAGAUGGGCAACAGCCUCCAGCCAGAGGCCUUCCCCGGCCCCAGGCCUGCCAGGAUGGAGGGUUGUCUGCGCAAACGUCUGCUGUCGGUGUCAAAGGUCUACCAGAAGCCGGACUCUCUGUGGACACCCAAACCUAUGCUUGGACCCAACACCAAAGGCUCACCUGGGAAAACACAAACUUACCAGGAUGGAAAAGCGGUGUCUAACCUUGAUGAGGAGAGCAAGUGGACGGUUCACUACACGGCUCCAUGGCACCAGCAGGAGAACGUCUUCCUACCAGGCAGCAGGCCGCCCUGCGUAGAGGACCUCCACCGCCAGGCCAAAGUUAACCUCAAGUCCGCCCUGCGAGAAUGUGACAAGUUGAGGAAGGAUGGUUUCCGCAGCUCGCAGUACUACUCUCAGGGUCCCAUCUUUUCUGACCCACUUCAGUCCUCCAGCACCCUGCAGGAUGACGAGGAUGAUGAAAAUGACAAGAAGUCCACAGCUUCUUCGGCAGAGGAUGAUAAAUCCCAGCUCUCCAUGAGGCCUCAGACCCCACAGGGAGGGGGUGAAGGGUUUGAGGUCGACGGACAGGUGAUAUGGAACAAGGCCGCACCCCUCCCCACGCCAGAGGAGAAGAUGAGGCUGGCAGCCCAGGCCGUGCCGACAGACAUAGUUCCCAUCAACGUCACAGGUAUGUCUCCUGACGACUAA